CUCUCAUCCCCUUUCCUCGGUUCCGAGCACCUGCCUCCCUCAUCUUCUCCAGUCGUCACAAGCCAUCCUCCCGCACCAAGGCUUUAAUUCCUCCUCGUUCGCCUCCUUCUUCUGCUCUUCUUCUCGUCUUGCCCGCCUCCAUCCAGCGCACCAUCGCUACGUGCCGAUACCAACAGCCAACAUUGUCAUCCAGCAUGGCUCCCCACAACGACGCACCCUCUUUCAGCAGCGGCUACACCUCGGGGUUCAACAGGGCGCAGUACCGCCCCGUGAUCACCUCGGGCCUCAUGACCGGACACCUCGGCACGGGGGAGCCUCACUCUCCCCUCAGCAGCUCCUUCAGCACUAGCUCGGAGGCGUCCGACUUCCACCACAUCCACCGGCCGCUCGUGCCGGGCGUCUACGUGCCAACCAUGUGCUUCUUCGAGGAGAGCACCGAGGACGUCGACACGGACACGAUCGCCCGGCACGCCGUGCGCCUCGCCAGGGCCGGCGUCACCGGCCUGGCCACCCAGGGCUCCAACGGCGAGGCGGUGCACCUGACGCACGCCGAGCGCCAGCUCGUGACGGCCACGACGCGCAAGGCGCUCGACGAGGCCGGCUUCGGCCACAUGCCCAUCAUCGUCGGCUGCGGCUCGCAGAGCACGCGCGAGACCAUCCAGCUCUGCCGCGAGGCCUGGGAGGCCGGCGGCGACUACGCCCUGGUCCUGCCCCCUUCGUACUACGCCCCGCUCUUCGCGCCCGCCUCCGAGACCGUCAUCUCCUUCUUCACCGCCGUCGCCGACGCCUCGCCCAUCCCCAUCAUCAUCUACAACUUCCCCGGCGCCGUCGGCGGCCUCGACCUCUCCUCCGACGUCAUCGUCCAGCUCGCCCGCCACCCCAACAUUGUCGGCGUCAAGCUCACCUGCGGCAACACGGGCAAGCUCGCCCGCGUCGCCGCCGCCACUCGCAACCUGAACAAGCACGCGGGAGACGAGUCCUCCUCCUCCUCCUCCUCCUCCUCCUCCUCCUCCUCCUCUUCCUCCUCCUCGUCUUCUGCCCGGCAGCAGCAGCAGCAGCCCGACUUCCUCGUGCUCGCCGGCUCCGCCGACUUCACGCUGCAGUCGCUCAUCGCGGGCGGCCACGGCAUCCUGGCGGGGCUGGCCAACAUCGCGCCCAAGGCGUGCGUGCGGACCGUGGAGCUCUUCGGCCAGGGCAAGCUGGCCGAGGCCCAGGCCCUGCAGGAGGUGGUCGCGCAGGGCGACUGGACCGCCAUCCAGGGCGGCGUCGUCGGCGUCAAGUCGGGCCUGCAGGGCUGGAUGGGCUACGGCGGCUACGCGCGCAGCCCCCUGCCUCGGCCGACCCCGGAGCAGGCCAGGAAGUGGAAGGAAGGCUUCCGGGACCUCGUCCUGCUGGAGAAGAGUCUCUGAUUUGGAUAUGAUGCACGUUUCUUUUUUUUUUUUUUUUUUGGUUGUUGUUGUUGUUGUUGCAUUCUGAUGAUGAGAUAUGAUGCUUGCUGUCGGAUAUUGACGUUUCAUUCUUGACGAUCAAUGGCAGUGAUGAUCACUUAGUUAGUCCUCACGGGACUGGGGACAAGGGGAAAGGGGAUUUACGGAGACACACACUUUCGGCGUUUCGAUUCAUGACAUGGGGAUUGCGGGGAAAGGGAACAAAAGAGAUAGAGGCUUCUCAUCUCUCGGCGUUGCGGGAUCAAAAACCACCAUUAUUAUUACGUGGGUUCUCGAGCUUACCAUCUUUUGUUCUAUUCUAAUAUAUAUGCCAUCCUUCUACGCAU